AUGGAUCAAGCUGCUUCCAAUAUGUCGGACGAACAGCCUACAGAAGGAGCCACUGGAUCCCAUCUUGAGUCACUUUCUCACCAGGAUAAUGAUACUGUUUUCAUGACAAGUGAGGCGCAGUCAGACUCGGCCAAGUUGAUGAAGAAAGAGGGAAUCUCCGAUGGCAACCCGACGGGACUUGUUCUAGGACGUAAACGCAAGGAAUACCCAUCCGAAGGAGACGACGUUGGUGAUGAUCGUUCUGAGCAACCUCCUCGUAGCGUUGGUCAGGAUGGUUCAGGACGCACUAAAAAGCCCAAGCUGGAAUAUGGCAAUCCUGCAAGCCAUAGGUUGCCGCUUCCCAUGGAGAUUUGGCAAUACAUUUUCUUGUUCCUCGACCCCAAGACCUUAGGCAGUUUCCUUCGUGUGAAUAAGAACUUCUAUUCAUUCCUAACGUCUAAAGCGGGUGGACAAACGGAGAAUUCCGCUUCUACCCAAGGCAUCCUCAAACCCAUGUCUGCCAAUUCCAUAUGGUCAUCUGUCCGGAAGUCAUUUUAUCCUGGAAUGCCACGGCCGCUGGCCAACAUGACUGAAUUAGACAUGUGGAGACUGAUUGGAACAACCGUUUGUCAAGACUGUGGAAAGAAUGACCAAAACAAUGAAUUGCCUACUGCAAAUCUUCCUCCAUGGGAGAAGGGUCCAGGAACUAACGGAGUCCGUAUCUUUUGGCCGUUUGGAAUCAGAACAUGUUCAAAAUGCUUCCUUGAACGUACAAAAAAGGACGUGGACCUUGUUCUAUCGUCUUUUCCUAGCCCUCUUCUUCCAGGACUUUCGUUUGUGCUUCUUACUCCUUCCAUGCAUAUGGUAUCCAGUGUCGCUCUACGGUCCUCCAAUAUUCCAACUAAUUUACAUCUGGCCAAGUACUUCUCUAACUCGGAAAUUGAUCAUUUGAUGAAUGAACUUCAUCACGUGAAAUCACUCGGUUCGGCUGUUCUAGAAGAAUGGAUGAAAGGAUUAGAAAGCAUGGGCAAAAGGAAACUAGCCGAUGCCGCUCGCUGGGAACAAUGGGAGAACAGCGGUGGCCUGCACGAAGUUAAACUUCGGUACCACAGGAAAACUACUAAUAGUCCUCCGCACAGUCAUUACAUGCAUAGGUCAAAAGGUUCAUCACUUUCCCCUUCCAGAUCUGUCAUCGCAGCUAUUUCUCCAGGCUAUAUUCAUGGUACAUUGGCACCCUUAAACUCCCAUUAUCGUAGGUCUGGAUCUAGUCCUCUAGAUUCUUCGAGAAGUCAACAGAUCCGUGGCGAACGGAGUCUGCGUGAUGUGGAUGAGGCAAAAGCUUCACGGAGAGCUGAAAUUGAGCGUCGCUGCUUAGCGUUGCACCCUCCCUUGACCGCCGCCGUUCUAAGCCAUAUGGACUCCUUCUCAGCAGCAAUACAGAUCCCCCAUGAGCUCACUGACAAGGACUGGGAGUAUCUGAAACCACGUCUGUUGGCCCAGAGAGAAAUGGCUGAAAGCAAAGAAAUCGAACGGUUACAGGAGUCCCAGCUUCUUCAGGCCAAGACGGAAGAACGUCGACAGCAAGAAGCGCGCUUGAAAGAGGAUAAACAAUCUUUAGAUGAUCAAUGGGAAGAUGCGCAGCGUUUGAUUCGUGACCAGAUUAAUCUUUAUGCUGACGAAAUCAUCAAGAAGAAUUGGAAUGAUGGAACAAAUCUCACGAAAGACAAAUGCGCUGAAUUUGCUGCGGAGGUUUUGAUGCACGUCAGAACUAGAUUCUAUGCGCACAUUGAAGAGGAAGAUGCAAUUGCCAGGGCGUCCGGCGUUGCUGUCAAAUCGGAUUCUGCAGAUGGCCCUCCCACACGCAAGCUUAUACUGGAGAACAUGAAGUGGAUUUUCGACAAUAAAAUCAAACCUUUAACACAGCCACUAGUAAAGGAGCUCUUCCUUUGCAACGGUUGCGAAAACAAUUCAAGAUACUAUGGCUUCGAAGGUGUUGUCCAACAUUAUGCUGCGAAACAUACGACCGCCUUAAGUUCUGGAAAUGUCAUAGUGUUCUGGCGCGCCGAGUGGCCUGGAAAACCUCCGUUUCAUCCCAAUCCGAGAGCUGCAAAAGCCUUAUUUCAUGCUAGCUCUCAAGUUGGGUUUGCUCAGCCGCACGGCUUUCCACGGCAGCAAGGUGCAUCUGGUAUCUAUAUGGGAACCCCUGAACAACGACAUUCGAUUCUUCCUGAUUCGAGCCCUUCUUCUCGUGCAUAUGGGCGAUCUCCUUUCAAAAGUCCCUAUGCAUCUUACAUGCACGGUCCAUUCCAGCCACCGUCACCUCGGACGAGCCCUUAUUACCCCGGCUAUAGGUACCCCCCUCCGUCUCCAGCAAUGGAGUCUGCGGCUAUUGAUCCUUCAUCAGCAUACAGUUCACCUUUUAAUGCUCAUGUGGUCCCCGCGAGUUACCAAACACAUAUUACUCAAGCCCCUCAUCCUUAUCCAUCACCUGCUUACGGGUCUUCUUCGCCGUCUAAUCAAACUCUCCCGUAUAAAAUACCACAGUCUGGAAAUCGCAAUUCCGUUGGAUAUUCUAGAACUGCUACUAAUCCGGACAAGUAUCAGUAUCAACUGGACAACAUGGCCCGGGUUGCUCGUGAAGUCUGGAACGCCACAUCGGGGAUUAAAGACUUACCCAACAGCAUUCGUGCUCAUGUUGUGGUGUAUCAUGUCGCUACUACUAUGGAGCUUGUGCUCCGCACAGACGUGUCCAUUGCUCUCUUUACGGAUGGACUACACAAUCGCCCGCAAAUGAAACCAAUUCGCGGCCUUAACGGCCUUGCUUGUAAAAGCUGUGCUGACAGAGGAAGUAGUAGCGAGCUGAGUUCUCACCCGCUCCAUUCUAGGUUAUAUCCUUUUGAUGCUCUUCUGAGCCAUUUUCGGUCAAUGCAUCUGCAACACGUGAAGACUGGCGUUGCUACAGGCUUUCAGGAAGCUAUUUCUGGCCGUAACUGGAAAACAGAUAUGAUUGCUCUUCCUGACACAUCGGCGUUAAAGUUACUCCCUCAUAAUCCUGGCAUGGAUAAUUUCAAGUUGCGGAUCAUUGCUCAAGCGUUGCCCGGUGUUUUCCAUCCACCUUUGGCAGAAAUUCCUCCGGAGACGUUCUUAACUAAACGUUCACCAGCCAUGUACCAAGCAAUCAUGGCAGAUCAGAGGCCAAAUUAUCCUUCGCCGACAGUUCAUCAUGCGAGCAGGGUAGAUUACUCGCCUAUUUCUGGACCUCUAGAGGCUCCGCCGGAUAACGUUCCAUUAGACGCCGUAUCAGAAAGAUUCCAUUAUUCGCGUGACCCAGUUUCCCGACAUGAUAGUCCAAGGGCGCUUCCUCCUCAUGAUGAUGGCCACAUUUACAGUCGUGGUACUCAUUAUCUGGCACAAUCCCCUCGUACCGUUAUCGUUCGUGCCCGAUCGCCUCGUUACAUUCGUCUGCAAGACGAGUGGGCUUUUAGAGAAGAUAAUACAGACGGUCUGACUUCGGGACACCAUGAUAGGUACUACAUACCAAUAUCAACGCGUUCAACAAUAUCGGAGCACUCUGAGUAUGGGUCUAGGCCGGUGCUAUCCGACCCAUACGAGGGAGAUAUACGUGUUGAGAGACAGGCCAACCCACCUCGACAGUCUGAAGGGCAAGAAGUUUCAGAAGGCUCGAUUCUCCCGAAUCACUCCGCUUCUGUUGUUAUCGGCCAUGAGGAUUCGCAAUCAAAUGCUGGAGAUCUUAGCGCAGCAGAACAGUUCCUUAACACGUUUGUUCCGGGCCAAGAGACGAGUUCGGAAUUAUCAAGGAACGACUCAUCGUCAUCGAUUUCGAAACAUACAGGCUCCCGGCGCCGGAUUCCAGCAGGUGACGACUCCUAUUACAGUCAAGACGAUACCUGGAACCAACGAUGGUCUGACAAUCCUGGUGUAGUCAGAGGACAUGAUCCGAUUCCGCGAGAGGGUAGGCAUCGCGGCAGAUCUCCUGAAGUGAUUCAACUACGAUCAUAUGGACGCAAGCCCUCUGGUGGUACCGCUGCUAGUAUAACUAUGGAAUCCAGUAAACUCCCACCCCAUGCGGGUCCUAGUCGAUUUGAUAGAUACGAAGCUCUACGUCAAGAAUCUCUCCGGAUGGGUUCGAGAUCCCCUUCCAUUGCCAAGGAAGACGUAUCGCGUGAUGCUCCACCACUCUAUUACGACGACCAAGAUCCGCGAGUUCAACAGUCUCGACUUCCACCCCAGCCACAACAACAUAUGGGCGACCGAGAACGGGACCCCUCAAGUCGAGCAUACGUCAGAAUGGAAAGGGAGAAUUCUAUAUCCACAAACAGCAGGAGGAACUUUAGGACUGGAAGUGCCGUUCGCGACUCGGCGUACUAUGAUGAUAGCAUGGAGUAUUGACUGGUUGAUCCAUGGACAUGAAUAACGUAAUGCUGGUAAAGGGUUUUGCAUUGCAGAGGAGCUUUUGG